UUUGCGACGUUCCGCCGCUCAGUGAAACAAGAAGGUCGCACGUAGCAUUGUCAUAUUGAGGCUGGGAAGAAACCAGACAGUAAUUAUGCUGAGACAAGUUGUAAGACGAUUCACAACGUCUGCUGUUCGCUCUUCACACUAUGAGGAAGGGCCAGGGAAGAACCUGCCAUUUUCCGUGGAGAACAAAUGGCGUCUGCUGGGCAUGAUGGUGGCGUUCUUUGGCAGCGGCUUCGCAUUCCCCUUUAUCGUCGUUAGGCAUCAGAUCCUGAAGAAGUAAAAUGGCCUCAUGCUAUUGCUCAGCCUUCAAGGUCGUCAGCUGGAACAUACUUAUCCAUCAGAGUUCUAUCCAUGCAGAAGAAUGGGAAUCUCUUAAUUUUCUUUGUAAAUAAAGUUUCCUCAAAUAUGAA